UCUUGUGUUAUGACGUAUAAUAGCUAGGUACUUUUCUAUUUGUUUCGUUCUUGCUAGAAAACAACCGAAGGACAGAUACUUUGGAGGAGCCGUCUCUGUCGACCAUCCUCGCGGCGGCUUACUAACUUUUACCUCGAAGACAAUCAACACUGACACCUUUUAGUUCAACGAGUUAGACUAUGCACAUUCGGUUCUACUAGCGGGCUAGCUAGCUGGGUCUGGCUGGCAGACGUCAAGACGGUUGUUGAGAAUAAAAUAGCUAAUUUAGCUACGAUGGAGGAGUUAAGUGCCGAUGAGAUUCGCAGAAGACGACUGGCCAGACUGGCAGGAGGACAGUCGUCCCAGCCUAGCACCCCGCUCAGCACCCCCCUGACAUCCCCUCAGAGAGAGACUCCACCUGGACCCCUCCCUGGACCUUCAGGGGCUCCAUCUCAGCCCCUGCCUCCAGCUGCCUCGCAAUCCUUGGGGCUCAAUGUCCACAGUGGGACUCCUGCCACAUCCCCCAUGGGCGCCUCUGGGGUGGCAUAUGGCAGUCAGAGCAGUGAGGGUGUGAGUUCCCUCUCCAGCUCCCCAUCCAACAGCCUUGAGACUCAGUCCCAGAGUUUGUCACGGUCCCAGAGCAUGGACAUUGAUACCGCCUCCUGUGAAAAGAGCAUGUCCCAGGUGGAUGUAGACUCAGGGAUAGAGAACAUGGAGGUGGAGGACAGCGAUCGCAGAGAGAAGAGGAACUUGGCUGAAAAGGAAUCCUCUGCCAACUCAGAUGUCUCUGAAGAGCAGGCUCUGCAGCUCAUCUGUAAGAUCCUCCGCGUGUCCUGGAAAGACCAGGACAGGGAUGUCAUCUUUCUCCCCUUGCUGGCAGCAGAAUUCCACCAGAGCCCUAAAGAUGUAUAUGCUGACUUCAAAGACCUGAUUGGCCAGAUUCUGAUGGAGGUCCUCAUGAUGUCCACCCAGUCGCGUGAUCAUAACCCCUUUGCCAGCCUGACCGCCACCUCUCAGCCAAUUUCAGCUGCCAAAUCUAAUGACAACCAUCUGAUACUGAUGCAACCUUCCAGCCAGGCCAGCAGCCCCAUGGCUCCCUGUGCAGGGUCCUUUGGAGCCAGUUCUCUGUCCAGUCUGGGUGGAUCUGGAGGAGGAAUGUCCUGUGAUUCCACCAGUGACCGUUUUACCAUUGAAGCGUGCAAAGAGACUGAGAUGCUGAACUACCUCAUAGAGCGCUUUGACAGUGUUGGCAUGGAGGAAAGGAAAGCUCCCAAGAUGUGCAGCCAUCCCAGUGUCAGCCAGCUUCUCAGCAACAUACGCUCGCAAUGUAUUUCCCAUGCUGCCCUGGUCCUGCAAGGUGCCCUCACCCAGCCCAGGAACCCUCUUCAGCAAUCUCUGCUGGUACCUUACUUGCUGUGCCGGAACCUUCCGUAUGGCUUCAUCCAAGAGCUUGUUCGCAUUACCCAUCAGGAGGAUGAGGCCUUCAAACAGAUCUUCAUCCCCAUCCUUCAUGGUCUGGCUCUGACAGUGAAAGAAUGUUCCUUUGACAGUGACAAUUUUAAAUACCCCCUCAUGGCAUUAGCCGAACUCUGUGAAAUCAAGUUUGGAAAGACUCACCCAAUGUGCAAUCUGAUAACGUCGCUGCCCCUAUGGUGUCCCAAGCCGCUGAGCCCUGGCUGUGGUAGAGAGCUCCAGAGACUGUCCUACAUGGGUGCUUUCUUCAGUCUGUCUGUCUUUGCUGAGGAUGAUACCAAAGUGGGAGAUAAGUACUUCUCAGGCCCAGCCAUUACCAUGGAAAACACUCGAGUUGUCAACCAAUCCUUGCAGCACUAUCUGGAGUCAGCAAGGGGUGACCUGUUCAAAAUCCUUCACAACAUCUUACUGAAUGGAGAAACACGCGAGUUGGCUCUUAAUUACAUGGCAGCUCUAGUCAACUGCAAUAUAAAGAAAUCCCAGAUGCAGACUGAUGACAAGCUGGUUUCAACAGACGGCUUCAUGCUGAAUUUCCUGUGGGUGCUGCAACAGCUGAGUAUGAAGAUCAAGCUGGAGACAGUUGACCCCUACUACAUUUUCCACCCACGUUGCCGUCUUGUGGUCAGCCCAGAGGAGACCCGCCUUAAGGCCACCAUGGAGGAGUUGAAGAGUUGGCUGGCAGAGCUGCAUGAAGACAUUGCCACGUUCUCCGAACCCAAGUUUCCCACAGAGUGUUUCUUCCUGACACUGCACACACACCACCUGUCCAUCCUGCCAGGCUGCAGGCGCUACAUUCGCAGGCUGCGGGCCAUCCGUGAGCUCAACAGGACUGUAGAAGAGCUGAAGAACAGCGAAGGCCAAUGGAAGGACUCUCCCUUGGCCAGUCGACACAGAGAGAUGCUGAAGAGAUGCAAAACCCAGCUUAAGAAACUGGUGCGGGCCAAAGCCUGUGCUGACGCGGGCCUUCUGGAUGAAAACCUGUUACGCAGAUGUCUGCAGUUCUACAGCACGGUCAUUCAGCUCAUUCUACGUAUGGUGGACCCUGCCUAUCCACACAUUACCUUGCCACUGAACCCAGAUAUUCCCAAAAGCUUUGCUGCUCUUCCUGAGUUCUACAUCGAAGAUGUAGCAGAGUUCCUGCUUUUCGUUGUGCAGUAUUCCCCUCAGGUCCUGUAUGAACCAUGUGUUCAGGACAUCGUCACCUUCCUGAUUGUGUUCAUAUGUAGCCAGAACUACAUCAGGAACCCAUACCUUAUUGCCAAGCUGGUGGAGGUUCUGUUUGUCACCAACCCAGCUGUACAGCCACGCACCCAGCGGUUCUCUGAGAUGAUGGAAAACCACCCACUGUCCAUCAAGCAGCUUGUCCCUGCCCUCAUGAAGUUCUACACCGAUGUGGAGCACACUGGUGCUACCAGUGAAUUCUACGAUAAGUUCACCAUCCGCUAUCACAUCAGCACCAUCUUCAAAAGCCUCUGGCAGAAUAUUGGCCACCACGGUACCUUCCUCGAGGAAUUCAACUCUGGGAAGCAGUUUGUGCGCUACAUCAACAUGCUGAUCAAUGACACCACCUUCCUAUUAGACGAGAGCCUAGAGUCCCUGAAACGCAUCCAUGAGGUCCAGGAGGAGAUGAAGAAUAAAGAACAGUGGGAGCAGCUGCCCAGGGAGCAGCAGCAGAGCCGCCAGUCUCAGCUGACUCAGGACGAGCGGGUGUCUCGUUCCUACCUCGCGCUGGCCACAGAGACAGUGGACAUGUUCCACAUCCUCACCAAGCAGGUCCAGAAGCCCUUCCUCAGGCCUGAGCUGGGGCCUCGUCUUGCGGCCAUGCUGAACUUUAACCUCCAGCAGCUGUGUGGGCCCAAGUGUCGGGACCUGAAGGUGGAGAACCCGGAAAAAUAUGGAUUUGAGCCCAAGAAGCUUCUAGACCAACUGACUGACAUUUACUUGCAGCUUGACUGUGCCCGUUUCGCCAAGGCUAUUGCAGAUGACCAGCGGUCCUACAGUCGAGAGCUUUUCGAGGAGGUGAUCUCCAAGAUGAGAAAGGCCGGUAUCAAGUCCACCAUCGCCAUUGAAAAAUUUAAGCUGCUAUCGGAGAAGGUGGAAGAGAUAGUCGCCAAGAACUCUCAGUCUGAAAUGGACUACAGUGAUGCACCUGACGAGUUCAAAGAUCCUCUAAUGGAUACCCUCAUGACUGAUCCUGUGAUACUGCCCUCUGGGAACAUUAUGGACCGCUCCAUCAUCCUGCGCCACCUGCUCAACUCGCCCACCGACCCCUUCAACAGACAGCCGCUCACAGAAAGCAUGCUGGAGUCAGUCCCCGAGUUGAAGGAAAGGAUCCAGACGUGGAUGAGAGAGAAGCAGGGGAGGCGAACUGUCUAGCAGCAUCAUCUGCACUGCUAACCAUCACAUAGGGAUGAUGGCAACUCCCCUGAAUUCGAUAUCAUCAACACCACCACAAACAGCAAAAAAAUAAAAAAUAAAAAGGACAAAAGAGGAAA